AUGGUGAUGUAUAUCCACAAGAGAUGGAUGUGGAGGACGGUGAUUGAAGGAAUGAAUGACGCGGGUGAUUUUUAUGAUGAUCCAUGGCGGAUGGUACACGUGUACGGCCCAUAUUGUAGCAGAGCAGAGCAGAGAGGAAGGAGGAGGAUAUGCCAAGGAACGUGGGCGGUGGAGGAAUCAGGAAUCGUCCCCUCCCCUGUCGACUCCUCCAUAUAUAUCCCACCCUGCGCUCGCUUUGCCUCCUCCCUGCAACUGCUCUUGUAUCGCAAGGAGAACACCCCCCAUAUAUAUAAAACCAAAAGAAACAAGAGAGCAAGGAAGAAGAAGAUGGUGUCUGCGGUGUUGAGGACGAUCCUGGUGACCGGCGGCGCGGGGUACAUCGGCAGCCACACCGUGCUGCAGCUGCUCCUGCAGGGCUUCCGCGUCCUCGUCGUCGACAGCCUCGACAACGCCUCCGAGGAGGCCAUCCGCCGCGUCCGACAACUCGCCAACGCCCCGCAAAACAGCCUCGACUUCCGCAAGGUGGACCUUCGUGACAAGGAGGCGCUCGACCAAAUCUUCUCCUCCCAAAGGUUCGAGGCUGUGAUCCACUUUGCCGGGCUGAAAGCCGUCGGGGAGAGCGUGGAGAAGCCCCUGCUUUACUACGACAACAACCUCAUCGGCACCAUCACCCUCCUCCAAGUCAUGGCAGCACAUGGAUGCAAGAAGCUUGUCUUCUCAUCAUCAGCCACUGUGUACGGGUGGCCCAAGGAGGUGCCCUGCACCGAGGAGUUCCCGCUCUCGGCGACCAACCCUUACGGCAGAACAAAGCUUGUCAUUGAAGACAUCUGCCGUGACCUCCAGCGCUCGGACCCUGACUGGAAGAUCAUACUGCUGAGGUACUUCAACCCAGUCGGCGCUCACCCGAGCGGCUACAUCGGGGAAGACCCCCUUGGAGUCCCCAACAACCUGAUGCCCUAUGUCCAGCAAGUCGCUGUCGGGAGGCGGCCUGCGCUGACGGUUUAUGGGACCGACUACAACAGCAAGGAUGGAACAGGGGUACGUGACUACAUCCAUGUUGUUGACCUGGCUGACGGCCACAUCGCCGCCUUGAGGAAGCUCUACGAAGAUUCUGACAGAAUAGGGUGCGAAGUGUACAAUCUGGGCACUGGAAAGGGGACAUCCGUGCUGGAGAUGGUUGCCGCAUUCGAGAAGGCUUGCGGAAAGAAAAUCCCUCUGGUUUAUGCUGGAAGAAGAGCUGGAGAUGCCGAGACUGUGUACGCUGCCACCGCCAAAGCAGAGAAGGAGCUCAAGUGGAAGGCCAAGUAUGGGGUGGAGGAGAUGUGCAGAGACCUGUGGAACUGGGCCAGCAAGAACCCCUACGGCUACGGAUCCACCGACAACGGCCACUGA